GUCCAUAUGUUCUGAUUGGCUGUGAUAAUGACUGUGAGAAGAAAGUAAAGCGAAAAGAUCUCCAGAAGCACAUGGCAACUGAGUGUUUGCUUCGCAAAAUUCCUUGUGAUUAUUGUAAUGAGGCAGUUUUGUGGAAUGGAUUGGAGCAACAUUUUGAAAACUGCAUCAAGUAUCCACAGCAAUGUGAAAAGUGUAGAGAGGAAGGUACAGAGAGAGGCAAGGGUCUUCAAUCUUCAUUCUUCAAACAGCAAAGAGAUAUAGAGGAACUGAGGAAUUGUGUAACUUUGCUUAGUAACGAAGUGUGUUAUCUGAAACAUCAACAGAAGGAGAUAAAGGACGCACAAAUGAUACUUGAGACACCACUGCAAGCACAAGAAAUCAGGUUGACAAGGCAAUUAGGUGAGAUAUACAACUGGAAGAUAGAAAACAUUGGACACUGUUUCCAAGAUGCUAUCAAUGGAGGAAGGACAGCAAAGUAUAGCCCUCCAUUUUACACUAGUAUGGAUGGUGGGUACAAGUUGCGCAUGCGAAUUCACUUGAAUGGUGUGGAUGAUGGCAUUGGUAAACACGUGGCAUUGUUCCUUCAUUUGAUGGAAGGCCAUUAUGAUGCAAUCUUGGAUUGGCCAUUGGUGAGAAAGUUCAGAAUGUCCAUCUUGGAUCAAUCAGAAGACAAAGAAGUACGUCAUGAUAUCAGUGAAACCCUGGUCAGUAAUCCUCAAUGGCAAGCAUGUCAAAGACCACCAGACAACUAUUGUCGUGGAUUUGGUUACCCAAAAUUUGCUCCUCUUGAGCAGAUUUUUCAGCCACAGUACACCAAGAAUGAUACUCUGUUGGUGAAGUUUGAGAUGAUUGGUUAGUCCAGCUCUACCAUGACUUGCUUGUAAUCUUUAAAACAUUUCCACAUUUGUAGGAAGAUUAUAACUGAACUCUGCUAGCUUUGUGGGUUAUUUGUUGAUAAUUAGUUGGUGACUUGUGAUUUGAUAUACUUGUAUGUCAGUUCUACAUCCCUAACUGAUCACUUUUGUUAUAAUUCCAGUCAUCAGUAUAAUGAUGUAGUGAUGUAAAAAAGUUGCAUAGUGCAAGAUGUUGGUGCAAAAGAAAGUUAGUUUUUAAAAUGGUCCUGUAAUUGUUUUCCGUUGGUUUAUACCUACUUUUUUAAUGUAACUUGAGCAUGUGCUUGCAUUGCAACUAAAAUUGGUUGAAAUCAAAGAAGAACAUGUUGGGGCCUGGAGGAGGCCCCUUACAGUUGAUGUUGCACACGACAAUUGAGCUUUGACUGCUUGUAGCAUUACAAUCAUGAUUCUUUCACUGUAAGGUUCAGUAAAACAAGGAAUUUUGUCAAGUUACCUAUAUCAGAGCUUUCCUCUUGAAAGAGUUGCCGUAGAGAUCAAGCUUUAACUUGAAGUGUUGGUAACAGCCAAGAACAUUUUGCCAUUCUACAUAUGUAAAGCACUUAGUAUUUAGGAUUCAAUUUAACUGAAAAUUUUAGUGCUAAAUAAAUGGCUUUAUCUUUC